AUGCAUGUUUUUUAUUGGAACGCUCAAGGCUUGACUAAGGAUGGUGCAAAAGACAAGUUGAAUGAGCUUUCUUUCUUGCACAAACCUGACGUAAUUUACAUUGCAGAGCCGCAUGUUUUCUGUACUGCAUGUUUUGUUAGGUCGCUCAAAUUGGUUGAUUUUUGUGAAGAUGUUAUUACAAAUGAGGUUGAUGGAGAAAAAGGUUUUAUGCAGUUGGUUGAGGAGAACUGGAAUUUGGAUCUUAAUGGUGCGCCCCCUUUUGUUUUUACUUCUAAGCUGAAGAGAUUAAAGGAGGUGUUGAAGAUUUGGAAUAGAACUAUUUUUGGAGAUGUGCAAUUUCGUUUGAAGCAGGCUGAAUUGAAACUUGAAACUGAGAAUGAUCUUCUUGAUUAUGAUCCGGCUGAUGAGUUUCAAUUCCUAAAGGUUGCGGAUGCCAAAAAGGCUGUUGAUGAUGUGAGAACGGAGUUGGCAAUUAUUCUUAAGAUGAAGUCGAGAGGAACUUGGUUGGAAGAUGGUGGCCAAAAUACUCGUUUCUUUCAUAAUAGCAUCCGAAUGAGGAGAAGUCAAAAUACCAUCUCAGAGCUUAAGGUUUCUAACGAUACUACUUUGUUUUUGCAGGAUGAGAUAGAGGAUUUCAUUGUUAAUCAUUAUCAGGCCAAGUUCAAUGGUGGUGAUGUUCAUAUUGAUCCAGUUUUAUUUGAUAUUGAACAUGAGAGCAUUUCAGUUGCUGAGAGUGCUUAUAUGGAUGUUAUUCCAUCUUUGGAGGAAGUUAGAGUGGCGGUUUUUGACUUGGGAGAUGAUUCUGCGCCUGGCCCAGAUGGCUUCACAGGUUCUUUCUAUAGACAGUGUUGGGACAUUAUUUCUAGAGAUCUCUCUAAUGCCAUUGCAAACUAUUAUAGGCCAAUUUGCGUGAGUAAUUUUUUCUUCAAGAUCAUUACUAAGAUUAUGGAUACCAGGCUUGGAACUGUGCUAAAUAAGCUGAUCUCUGAAGAGAAAGCGACGUUUAUGAAGGGUAGAAACAUACAUGAGAAUCUAGCUUUGGCAUCUGAAUUGAUCAAUGAGAUCAAUAUGGAAAGGAAGCAUGGGAAUGUUGGCCUCAAACUGGAUAUUGCUCAAGCUUUUGUUACGGUAAGUUGGGAUUUUAUAGCUGAAGUAUUUCGUCAAUAUGGCUUUUCUGAUUCUUGGUGCAUGUGGGUUCUUAAUAUCCUUAGAUCAGCUCGGAUUUCUGUCAUGAUGAAUGGUUUCCCUGAAGGUUAUUUCAGUAUUACUAGAGGUCUGCGUCAAGGUGAUCCUCUCUCACCUUUGAUCUUUGUUCUUAUUGAAGAUGUUUUAAAUCACAAUCUUUCCAAGUUGUUUGCAAAUCAUAGUAUGAAUGUUAUGUGCGUAAACUGUGCAAAGAGCAAGUUUUAUUUUGGAGGUGAUAUAAUUUCUCGUGCUAUUGCUAUUUCUAACUAUUUGGGUAUGGAGAGAGCUAUGUUUCCGGAUAAAUACUUAGGUAUUCAAUUGAAGCCUGGUAUUGUUCGGCAUAUUCAUGUUCGCCAAGUUGUUGAGAAGAUUAUGGACAAGCUGGCUGGAUGGAAAGGUAAACUUUUAUCAUUUCAGCAAGUUGAAAGGGCCAUUAGAAAUUUUCUUUGGUCCGGUGAUGCUGAGAAACGUAAAUAUUUUACGGUUCUAUAUGAUGAUUUAUGUCUUUCAAAGCGUGAAGGUGGUCUUGGCAUUAAGAAGUUAAAUGAUGUUAAUAAGUCUAUGCUAAUGAAGCUUUGGAUUUCUAUUCGGGAUUCAAACAAGAUUUGGGCCAGUUUUUUGAGGGCCAAAUACUUUAAGGUCAAUGGCAAUCUGAUAAAUUAUGAGUUGGGUUCUUCGGUUUUUCCUGGAAUUCGCUUGGUUUACAAUUUUGUGCAGAAGCAUACACGCUCAAUUAUAGGUAACAGUGCUAAUACUUCCCUAUUUUUUGAUAAUUGGUGUGGUGAUUUUUCUAUUGCGCAAAGACUUGGCAUCACUUCCAAAGGUCCUAAUGGUUUUAAGGCUAAAGUAAGUGAUAUCAUUUUUGAUGGUGUUUGGGUUAUUCCUGAAAAAACAAGAGAUUUGAUGAUUCGUUGUAAUAUCGAUGUUGAAAAUUUGCCUGUAAUUGCUGGUGGUGAGGAUUAUAAAAUUUGGGAUUUAGAUAGCAAAGGUGUUUUUUCAGUUAAGUCGGCUAAGGCCGCUCUUAGGACGCCGGCAGAAGUUGUGCCUUGUGCAAAUCUGUUUACUAGACAGGUUGUGCACCCUACCUUGAGUGUGCAAUACUGGAAGAUUCGGGCCAAGCAAUGUUGUGCUAGUGAAGACAAUAUUAUUAAGAAGACAGGUAGGAGCAUGCCUACUAUGUGCCGCUUAUGCAGGAAAAGUUGCGAAUCUCUUAGCCACAUCACUUGGCAUUGCAGAGUUGCUAGGAGGAUUUGGGCUUGGGUGGCUGGAAUUUUCAAGCUGCAACCAAGUGAAGACCUGGUGGACUUAUAUAAGGUUGCUAAGGGUCGAAGCAGAAUGAUAAAGGACCUGUGGUUAGUUGCAAAUCUUGCAAUUGUCACAGAGUUAUGGAAGUUACGCAAUAAGUCUUAUUUUGAUAAUAUGCAGUUCAAUGACUUGGUUUUAAAGGAAGAGUUUACCAGAUCAUGCAAAACGUCUACCCCAAUUGAGAUUAGUUGUACUCCUCCUAAUCAAGAUGAAAUUAUGAUCUGUUGUGAUGGUGCAUAUUUCGGAAACCCAGGCCAAGCUGGUUCAGGUGUUGUUAUUCGUAAUGAAAGUUCGGAGGUGCUUGGUGUUCUUUGUGUUGGCCUUGGUUGGCAAACAAAUUUCUAUGCGGAAGUAUGUGCGAUUAUUUAUGGUGCGAUUGUGGCUAAGAGAUGGAAUAUGCGGAGUAUUUGCAUUCGUUCUGAUUCGAAGAGUUGCAUACAAGCUUUUCAAAAGGGUGAGCUGCCUUGGAAGCUAGUACAGAAGUGGAAAAUUGGGAAGUCUUACUACAAAAACCUUCGUUAUAUUCAUAGCUAUAGGGAGGUUAAUUUCUCAGCUGAUGCCUCCGCCAAGCAAGCCUGUUUGCUGGAUGAGGAUAUUUUUGAGUUUUAUGAGGGUAGGCCAGGUUUUAUUCCAUCUAUGGAAUGGCCUGGAAGGGUUUAUUACCGCUUCAAAUAG